UAUUUAGUAGUCGAUAGGUGGCGAUCGAUGCUAGACCAUUUUAAAACAAACUAACCUUUAUAAUUGCACGUAAUAAAAAGUUAUUAAUUUCUGUGAGAAAGCAUGGUAUUUCUAUCGUUAAAUUUAUUGGUUCGAUCGCGAGGACCAGAUGAAUUCUGGCGAAAACGUAAAAUAUUCCAAAUUGCUUCUCAUUUUAUAGGCAGAAGAAGAAAUUGUUACUCUAUCUCUAUUAGAAAUGUUCAUAGAUCUUUAGUUUUUGCUACCAAAGGACGAAAAUUAAAAAAGGAAGAUAUGCGUGAGCUUUGGAUAACAAGAAACAAUGCAGCUACAUUAGAACAUGAUAUGGAUCUAAAAACAUUUAAUGAAGGUUUAACCAGAUGUAAUAUUUUAUUAAAUUAUAAGAGUUUAGCUGAUUUGGCUUGUUGGGAACCAAGAACAUUUAAAUCUCUUGUAGCUAUUGCAAAUGCAAGAGCCCAACAAGAUGGAUUUAAUAAACAAAAAACAAAAAAAGAAUCAACUACUGUUAUAACAAAUGGUUUAAUUGAAUAAAGUAGAUAUGAUGUAUAACAUUUA